AAUAUGUUAAUAAUUAGUUUAUAAUAUCGUUUAGUCUCAACAGUCCACCUCCUCAUCCUCCUCCUCCGACUACAACUCUUGACCACGGCGUCUCUACUCAGCUACUCCGUUAAAAAUCGUUAAUACUACACAACACACCCGUCUAUCGUGUGACAACAUUGACAACAAUCAUAAUAAAUUAUUUAUUAUUAUUAUUACAGCCGCGACACUAUCAUGGAAUACUGUUGGACGAUACCGCGGAUUUGGCAUUCGGAUCGCGACUAUGACUCAUGAUUACAACAGCGGUCGGCGAUUACCGUGCGCGAUUCAGAUCGGAUUAGUUGGCAAAAAUGGAUUUCAGACGAAAAACACGUCAACGAAAAUCUGUCGUAUGACGUCGUACGUGCGAGCCGCAGCCACAGCGUGCGAUUAACCGGCGCCCGCGACAUCACCGGUAGUAUAGUAUGGCCCGUAUCGCUGAUCGCCCAGCAGCCGCCUGACCAACCGACACCGCCGUGAGCUGCGUAUCGUCGUAUCGUAUGUUGGCCGGCGGCUACGACAUGGCUUGGCCGCUGCUCGUCCUGCUCCUGUGCGCCAACGCGCUACUGUGCCGGUGCCUGGACAAGGAGGACGUGAUUUUCGCCGUCAACGCCGGUGGGGACGCACACGUCGACAGCUACGGCAUUCUGUACCAAAGGGACUUCAACCGGGUCGGCACGGAAUCGGACUAUGGCAAGAAGCUGUCCAUACAGCGGGUAAAGCCGCACGAUCAGAUCUUGUACCAGACCGAGAGGUAUUCGCAAACUACAUUCGGUUAUGAUAUACCCGUCAUGCAAGACGGCGACUAUGUGAUGGUGCUCAAGUUCAGCGAGGUGUACUUCACCAACAGUGGCUUAAAGGUGUUUGAUGUUGUGUUGAACGGACAACACGUAGUUGUACCGCUGUUGGAUAUCUACGACAAAGUCGGAUUUGGUUCCGCUCACGACGAGUAUAUUGAAUUCACGGUUGAUGGCACAACAUUAUAUUGGAGAGGAGAGAUAUCUGAAAUCAAAGGAAAUCUCGUUCGAGUGGAUUUUAUAAAAGGUGAAAGAGAUAACCCUAAAGUAAAUGCAGUUCUUGUAGCCAAAGGCAGGAUUUCAGAUAUACCUAGAUUACCAGAUUUAUAUUCUGAUAUUGAACCACAACCACAAGAUGAGAUAGAUGUAGAAGAAGAUCCAUCUGUUACUGACAAAGAUCCUGUAAAAAUGGUACAACACACUAGAAAUCCAAGUGGACCUAGAGCACCUGAUCCGCAAGAUGUAAAUUCCAUGAAGUUAAUGCCAAUAUUUGGAGCUCUGAUUGCUUUUUUUGGAGCACUUCUUCUACUUUGCAGACUAUGAAGAGAUAAUAAAUAUAUAUUUUUACUAUUCUCUUUUUUUCUUUUUUUUACAUUACAAGACUACAUUUUGUUCAGUAUUUUUUUUUUAUAUAUAUAUAUUUUAAUAUUACUAAGGAAAAACAAAUAUAAAUUGCACACAUCAAAAAAGUUGUUAUGGUUAUGUAUAAUAAUGUUACCAAUUUUUAUUACAGUUGUACAUAAACAUUUUUCAUAGAUCUGCUUAUUAGGUAUUUAUGUUAAUUGAAUAAACAUUUUUGAAAGCAUUUUUAUAUUUCAAAGGACUGAGCAAUUAGAUUCAUUAUUAUUAUGCUUAAAUUGUAAAUUGGGGAGGGAUUUAUAGUAGUUUUAAAAGACUGUUUUUAUUGUACAUAUAUUCAAACGAAUGACAACAAUAAAACCAAUAAGAUAUUUUACAAAUAUUGAAAAAAUGAAUUGUAUAACUGUCUAAAAUUUAAUUUGUUAAAUGGUAACUUAUAAUAAAGCAAUAGUUAGGUGGUUG